AUGGAUUUUAGCAACACCGGUUUGCAAUCAAUUCUUAACAAUUCCAUACAGCAUAAGAAUGUCAAAUUGAUAAUGACAGUCAGCAAAGCCGAAGAGCUGAUAGACAUUGUCGCGACCACAUUCAGGGCGGAUCCACACAGAAAGAUAAUCGUUGACAGCUACAACAACCUAAUAAUUACCUCAGAAACAACCAAAAUUCUCAGCUCAAUCAAGCUGGUACAUCCCAUUCAGUUUCUCUUCAAGGAUAUUUUGCUCAAGAUGUCCAAACUGGGUGAUGGCAACACUUUUUUGAUACUUUUUGUUGGUAAGCUGCUCAGGGAGUGUAAGGACUUGCUUGUUAAGGGAAUGAAAGCGCACAGAAUUGUAGCAACACUGAAAAAUAUAAAGGAAGAGCUUUUUAAGAUCAUGGAUGAGCUCAAGGAAAAACAAGGGAUUGAUUUCAGCGAUGAAGAAUUGCUGAAAAGAACUUUGAUGCCAAUCCUGAAAAAUGAAAUACUUGCCACGCUUUUGAGUAAGUCUGUUGUUGAAUCUGGUUUUGUAAAUCCGGAUGACAUAAGGAUUCAAAAGGUACAGACGGGAUGUCUGGACGAUAGUUUCAUCGUGCAUGGUAUGUUUUUGGAGAAGGUACUGCAAGGAACAGUCAGGAAAAGCGGUGGAAAAAUAGCAAUUUUCAACACUUCGCUCGACAUUGAACGAACCGAAACGAAAGGAACUUUGUUGUUCGAGAAGGCCGAGGACAUGCUAAGAUUUAGCAAGGAUGAGGAAAAGCGGAUGGAAUGCCUGGUGGAUUCAAUAUGUGAAGGUGUAAAUGCUGUUAUCUGCAAUGGGAAUGUCAAUGAGCAGUAUGCCGAGUUCUUUAAUAACAACGAUGUGAUGGUUAUAAAGGUGAACUCUAAAUUUGACAUAAGGCGGAUUAUGAGAAUGUCGAGAGGUAGUUUGCUGCAAACCAUAAGAAAGCCGCGACGUGAAGAGACUGGAGAAAUAGACAGCAUCACAACGGUUUACGACGAGAACAAAACAUACCUGCAACUUGAAAAGAAGGAUUCUAACAUCGUGUCAAUCGUUCUCAAGGACAGCCUUGCAUCCAAUUUGGAUGAAUCGGAGUUGCUGCUGGAAAAGGGCAUAAAAAUUCUGGAGAGCUUGCGAGGCAAUGAUUGCUAUUUUGUUGAUGGAGCCGGAAGGUUUGAGCUGCAGCUUUCGGAUCGCCUGGCUGAGUUGUCUGCAAAUAUCCGAGAUUCAUCAAAAUUAGUUUACUCUGCUGUUAUAAAGGCACUUAGCUAUUUCUAUCCAUCAGAAAAUGCUGAUAAUGAACAGCUUAAGGACAUUUACAGUGUCAAGCGGCGCACACUUGAGUAUGCCAUUGACUUGGCCUGUGAGGUGUUGAUGAUCGAGGACUAUUUGGUGGCAAAGAAUGAAGGGCCGGUAGCAAAUAAUUAAAGGUAUUAAGGUUGUUAGC